UCCACCCUGGCUGCAGGAGCUGCUGGGCUGGUGCUCUGCUGCUCCUGCCCAGCUCCAAACCAAUUCCCUCCCCACAGUUCUGUGAACACACGUGUUCAGUGUGAAAAAUAAUUCUGUCUUGGUCAGAUGAAGUUUCUUUUGAAACAAUGUUGUCGAUUAAGCUUGUUGCUGUUUAAAAUUAAGUAUUUACUAAUUUCUGAUGUUCCCGAAGUAGCUCCCCUGUGCUCCUUGAUGCUUUUCUUUGAAUUUUGAUAGGAUUUUGGCUAACUGCUUUCAGCAUUUUACUAUACAGAUGGCAUCGUUUUUGUUGUGUAGGAGUUUCUUGUGCCAGCCAGAGAAAGACUAAAUGAUAUUUUAAAUAGGAAAACAAAAAGAGUUGGCACAAGGCUCAGGGAGGAAGGAGUGUUUUGAGUGCUUUCACUGAGCUUAAAUUUCCCUUCUUUCAGUUAGCUGGGUUUCUAUUUUAAUUUGCAGUUGUUAAAAUUCAGCUUGAACAACAUGCACAAAGGUCUUGGAACUUCCUGACACACAGGAUACCAUAUAGAAAUUUUCUACCUGAGAAAAAUACUCUAAUGCAGGAUCUCCAGAGGUGUGUCUAGGGAGUAUCUGUAAUAUUUGGAGUUGAAGGCCAAUCAAAAUACACAAUUACUGCUUGAAUAUUUUCCUUUUGAGGCCUCACUGGGAUGCCAUUUGCUAGUUAAUUCUAGCUUUUCCUGCUGGUCCUCCCACUCCUCCUGCAUUAUCCCUAUUACAAUACAAGCCUUUCCCUCAGUCAGAGCAACAGUGCUCUUUUUCAUCUACUCUGUCAGCCAGAGAGUUUUCACAGUGCUUAGAAGGCUUUGGAAACAAGGAGGGUUUUUUUUCAUUUGUUUUCAACCCAGCUUUAGCAGAAAGCAGAAGUGAAAUGGAACCACGAGAGAGUCAGCCCUGCAAUCGUUCUGAGUAUUUGGUUUAAUCUUGAGGUGAGAUGUAGCUGACUUCCACUUCUUCCAGCAGGACUCCCUUAACAAUCCAAACCCAGUCACAGGAGAUUCAGAAAAUCUAUGUUUGAGGUGUGUUCUGUAGAAUUAAAGAGGGAAAUGUCUCUGUAUAUUUAGAAUGCUUAGAUAGAAACAGUGCAGCCUUUGGUCUUUAAAAAUCAAACCAGCUACCAAACAGUUUCCUACUGUUUUGUAUUUUAGUUCUACUAGACAUUAAAACUGUGACAGUACUGAAAGUCACAUAAUAGGCACAUAACACUUCUUUUAUACCCAGUUAUCAAGCUGGCCCUAAAACUGGCUUUUUUUGUAUGUAUCUGGUUAUUUGUAGAAGAGUGUCCAUUACCUGUUCCCUUAACUGAGUGUUUUUAGAUGGAGGCAGAUUUCCGCAGAUGGAUGUUUGUGUCUGGCAAGAGUUGUAAAACAGAAAGACAUUCCUUUCUGUUCUGUUUUGUUCUUUACAAGCUGGACACUAAGUGCAGGAAAGGAUUUUUGGUGCCCAAGAGUCCAGAACUUUUAGCAGCAGCUGCUGCACUGCAGAAUUGAAGCUGGGAGUUAUCUCCUCCUCCUCCUCCUCCUCCUCCUCCUCUUCUCCGCCCCACUCCUCCUCCCCGCCUUGCAUUCAGGCUGGCGCUGGGAUGAGCUGUGCAAGGCCAGCUGGCUGCUCCUCUCACUAGAGCGCUGCUGCCCAGCAGCCUGGGACACACUGCAGGCUGUUUUUUGGGGAGCUGGGCUUCAAUGGCCACCCGGACUAGCAAGAAGCAAGGACUGCUCAUAUGGACAGCUCAUUUUUAUCGUGUGCAGAGUCGGCUUUGUAGUGGGAUGUUGAAAUAUGACACAAUGCCUGUUUGUUUGCAAUAGCUGCAACUCUCGUAGCAGAGAUUCAAGUGGGAAACAGAGAGGGAAUCCAGAGCCAAACCAGCGGGGGAUUUAGGAACUGUGACGCCGAGUCCUCUCUCCUAUACCGGAGCAAGCAAAGGAAAGAGAGGUAGAGGAAAAAAGACUGAGCCUUGCAACAGCCGUCACCCUGACGAUGUGUCAGUCAAACACCCUGCAGGGACCAGAGCUCCACACAGGGAAAUGGUGAGAUGCUACAAAGCUUUAUCUAACCCUCCACCCUCUUGCUACAACCUCCGCAAAGUUAAAAUUCAUGUCCGGAGGCUGCGUUCAGGGAACGGCGGCAGCAGCAGCUGUGCCGGGGACCAGCACCCACAGCUGGAGAGUCCAGGCCCAGCUGGCUCUGCUGGUGGGACACCAAGUAGGAGAACUCGUUUCAGGUUGCAAUUCCCCCAGCUGGCCCUGAGGCGAAGGUUGGGCCAGCUGAGCUGUAUGUCUAGGCCUGCUCUGAAACUCCGUUCUUGGCCUCUGACUAUUCUCUAUUACCUUCUGCCUUUCGGUGCUCUUAAACCCUUGACCAGAGUGGGAUGGAGGCCUAUGAGCAGGGUUGCCCUGUACAAGUCGGUGCCCACGCGGCUGCUCUCGCGAGCCUGGGGCCGCCUGAACCAGGUGGAGCUGCCCACGUGGCUGAGGAAGCCGGUGUACAGCCUGUACAUCUGGACCUUCGGGGUGAACAUGAAGGAGGCAGCUGUGGAGGAUCUGCACCACUACAGGAACCUGAGCGAGUUCUUCCGCAGGAAGCUGAAGCCGCAGGCGCGGCCGGUGUGCUGCGUGCACAGCGUGAUUAGUCCCUCUGAUGGAAAGAUCCUUAAUUUCGGACAGGUAAAAAAUUGUGAAGUGGAGCAAGUAAAAGGAGUUACUUAUUCUCUGGAAUCUUUCUUAGGACCUCGCAUCUCCACAGAGGAAAUGCAUUUUAGCCAGGCCCCACCUGGUAACUCUUUUCAGAAACAACUGGUCACAAAGGAGGGGAAUGAGCUCUACCACUGUGUAAUUUACCUUGCACCAGGGGAUUAUCACUGCUUCCACUCGCCCACGGACUGGACGGUGUCGCACCGCCGGCACUUCCCAGGCUCUCUGAUGUCUGUCAAUCCUGGAGUAGCUCGCUGGAUCAAGGAGCUGUUCUGCCACAAUGAACGCGUGGUCCUUACAGGUGACUGGAAACAUGGCUUCUUCUCACUAACAGCUGUAGGAGCAACAAACGUGGGCUCCAUCCGCAUCUACUUUGACCAGGACUUGCACACGAACAGUCCAAGUUACUCUAAAGGUUCCUACAAUGACUUCAGCUUCAUAUCCAACAACAACAAGGAGGGAAUCCCCAUGAGGAAAGGGGAACAUUUAGGGGAAUUUAACUUAGGCUCUACAAUUGUACUAAUCUUUGAGGCACCCAAGGACUUCAGAUUCAACCUCAAGGCUGGACAGAAAAUCCGCUUUGGAGAAGCACUGGGCUCUCUAUAGGAACUGUCUCAGCAAGAAGAUUUUCUAUAAAAAGGGACUUUUUUCACACCACUGAGUGUUUCAUUUAUCAAGUUUGUAUCACUCAGCAGGACCUGGGUGAGGAGGAAGAAAGAUGUCACUGCUGCAUUAAACUUGAAAAUAUUUGGUCUACAUUUACCUGCUGCUGAAUGUAGAAACUGAAUUGAAUGAUCAUGGAUGUAUUGGGUACAGCUGCCUUCAAAGAUGUUGCCCAUGGUGGUUUCAGGCCCACCCUGUGCCUGUAGUCUUUCAUGUUCUGCCCUGAAUGUGCCACAGGAUCAUUAUGUUCUUAGAGCCUCUAAGUCCCUUUUAAGCCUUCCUAGGCAGGUGCAGUAGGAAAGGGUGGAGGUAGAGAUUACCUGUAGUUAAAGUGACACUGACAGGCUGAGUCAGACCUUGUACCUUGUAUCUACAGAAUCUGAUUUACAGACCUUGAGUAAAGAAUAUAUUCUCAUAUUUAUUUUAUUCUAAGAAACUCCACCCAAAUUACUAGAUAAAAGCAGUCUCUGAAUGCACAGAUGGCCAAACAGUGAAAUUUGCUGGUGUGGCUUCGUGGCCCCAACAAAGCAAAAUGUACAACAGUCAGUCAGUACAAUGAGUGACACUCAUCCCUCAUCCUGAGUUUUGUACUGUUAGACAACUUUAAUUCUUUUGUCUGACAUUGCUGCUUUAAAAAUGGGCUUUGCAGUGUAUUUUAAACCUGAAAACAGCGUCUACAUUCCAGACAACAGAACUUGUCAUCUUGCGAUUUUCUUUUCUUUUUUAAAGGCAGACAAAGCUCUGUGUCCUCUUCCUAAUCCAUGGUUUUAUUUUGCUAUUCCAGGCCUUAAAGUUUUUGUCUUUAUGAAAGACAGUUAACUUCAUCUCUUGGAUUAAGGAGUUAGAAGACACAGGGCAUAUUUUUGCUGGGUGAUGUGAUGGCAACUAAAGUGUGCUUUUCCUUUCUGCUGUGUAUCUUGUUACUUUGUCACUAAAUUCUUGAAGAAUUAGUUCCUCUGUUAAAGGACAGCUUCAGCUACUUCAGGACCAAUUUUUAUUGUACAGAGUGAAAUGCCCUAUGCACUGACUGUGUUUAAAAUAUUUAUGGCUUUUUAAAGAAAUCCCGUGUUGCUUCCCAGGUGCCAAUCUGGCCCUCCCUUGACUGGGCAACAACUUCAUCUUAUUUAAAAUACAAAACAAAAAACCACACUGGCUCUGACUUGUACCCUCAUACUUAAUGCUAGGAAUGUGCUGGGGGCUGAAAUCUUUGUGCUGAAGCUUAACCCACUGUAAAAUUUUAAAGCCUCUUUGUGACUUCACAUCAAGAAGAGUUAAAAUCUAACAAACACCUUGGAUCUACUGCAUGUGGCACUGACAAAAACCACUGCCAAAGUGAAGAGGAAUUGAGUUUUAAAGCAAUGUAUAAAUUGUUUUUUGAGAAUAAACUGUUUCAAGUCCCAGCACUCAAACAUGAUUUUGCUAUCCAGAGCUUGUUGGAGUGGACACGCUUAUGAAACCUGCCUUUGUGCUUUCUGAAAGAUUUCUCCUACUACUUCCUUGCUUGAGCUACUUUUCUGCUACUUCAAGGAGAUGACAGGCUCUGAUCUCCUAAAGAAACCCUUCUUUGUAUGCACUGCAGAAAAUAGAAUAUAAUUUUGUUGUACAAAUGUCCAGUUUGCCAAGUCCUGUAUGCUUAGCUUGUCAUCAGGAAGGAAGGGAUGAUAAACUGCCUCUAAGUGAUGCAGCCAGGCAUGGGUCAGAUGAGGGUGGCUGUUUGGGUGACAAGCAGGAGAAAAUUCAUUUGGCUCCAGGAGUCAGUGUUUCCUCACACAGGGAGGAGUUUGAAAGCUUGAAGUGGCUCUCAGCCACCUAUCUUGUUAAAGUUCUUGGCAUUAGCAAGUUUACUCCUGCAGCAGUAUAGUACCAGAUACAAGUCUUUUUAAACCUUUGAGAGUGAGAAAAGAGUAAGGCAAAUAUCAGCUCUGAGAGGAUAAAGUUUGGGUGAGCUUUUUGAUUAAACUUCAGUGUGAUGUUAACAAGAGAAAGCAAAUUUGUUCCAGUGGAUGAGAGAAAAAGACAACUGAAUCUUUUCCUUUUUUCCACUGGGGUCUAUGACAUCCAGACAGAGCCAAAGGAAGUUUAAGCUUUAAUUUCUUCCUACUCAGCAGCAUCAUCCAUGGUAUCUGAAGGUACAUAUUAGCCUAGUGAUGGAGGAUGGGUUGCUUGAUGUUUGCUUUAUUAGAAAUCUCGGAAGGAAGAGAGGAUUCAGCAUGCAAGUGGCUGUUUAUGAUGGAUUUAAUACUGUGCAGAGCGAGCUAAUCAACCAACAUUGCUUGUGAUGCAGGGGCCAGCACUGCACCCCAGGAGUGAAAAAGUUCCUCGAGGGUACUGAUAAUGCUGUGAAUUUCUCCUGCAUGGAGAAUCCAUUUAAUUCAACUGUAUCAGUAGCACGGUAUUUUUGUAUGUCAAAGUGUAUGACUUACUGACAUGAACUCAUUUAAUUGCAAACAUUUUGAAAUAAAGAGUCUCAUAUGUGUUGCUUA